UCACGUUUCACCCCCAGCCAAUGGGAGCGCGCCGUUUCGCGCAUGGCCCGAAAGCCUUUUCUGAGCUCUGUCGAGGCUCGCCAGUUCGGGCGAGGUGUUCCCAGGUGUGCAAGUACCCGCCAACACAAACAAAGGCACACUCGGACGCACCAUGCUGACAGCCCAAAACCAAUACAUAUCAAAUACCGCACUGAUUAACUAUUAAACUAAAACUUAAUAUACUUAAUUAUAAACUAAACUUUAAAUACUCGAGCUAUUUUACGAGAAAACAAUUUUUGGAUUGAAAGUUUUAGUAGCUAAAUUUGGGGGUAUUUUGAAGGGGGUUUAGUUCGUGGGGGGUGGUUUGAAGUGUCGACCGUGGAGGCGGAAGGCGGCGCGCUGUUGGGGCGGCUGGGGGGCGCGCUUCGGGGGGGCGCAGCCGCCGCGUCGCCCGCCAGGGUCGCCAGCUCCAUCAGGGGCUACCUCACCAACAAGGUCGGCUCGCUGCAGCUCAGGGAUACAGGUUCCAAACUCCUAAUCGAGGGUCCCGCUGAAGGAAGACGCGUAAAUGUGUGAGCGACACGCAAAUAACUCAGCGAGGGCAACUCUAGCCCUCCCCUGAAGAUGUGCACAGCGUCCCACAACAGAUAGAAUCAUAUAAAAGUUAUUCAAAGAAUCCAAGAUGGCGGAGGGACCACAGACGAUAUGGCAGAAGAUCGACAACGCGGUCAUCCCCAUGGUGAACCUGGAGGUGCGGGAGGUGCGCGAGAUCCUCUGGGAGAAGAUCAAGGAGCCGACCUCGCAGAGGAAGAUCAUCCUGGUCAUCGUGUCGAUAGCGCUGUUGCUCGACAACAUGCUGUACAUGGUGAUCGUGCCCAUCAUCCCCGACUACCUGAGGUACAUCGGCGCGUGGGGCGAGGCGGGCUACGACCACGUGGUCACGCUGGCGCCCUACAGGGAGGGCAAUAGGACCAUCACACCGACCAAAAUCAUCCCAGCAUCACAUGAGGGUCAAGACUCAGCCACAGGUGUCUUGUUCGCCUCUAAAGCUAUCGUACAGCUCAUGAUUAACCCAUUCUCUGGUGCCUUAAUCGACCGCAUCGGGUAUGACGUACCCAUGAUGAUCGGACUCAUCAUUAUGUUCCUCUCCACAUCGAUCUUCGCCUGCGGUCGGAGCUACAGUAUGUUAUUCUUCGCGAGAAGUUUGCAGGGCGUAGGGUCUGCCUUCGCGGACACUUCAGGCCUGGCGAUGAUAGCUGAUAGGUUUACUGAAGAAAAUGAAAGAUCUAAAGCCCUUGGUAUUGCGCUGGCCUUCAUCAGCUUUGGUUGCCUCGUUGCUCCACCAUUCGGCGGUGCGUUAUACCAAUUUGCAGGAAAGGAGGUUCCAUUCUUGAUUCUCGCAUUAAUAUCAUUGAUGGACGGGUUUAUGCUGUUGCUUGUGAUGAAACCACUGAAGACGCAGCUGAAAGAAGCUAGAGAGCCCAAACCUCCCAGCACUCCCAUCUGGAGGCUGUUGAUGGAUCCUUACAUCGCUGUCUGCGCGGGCGCCCUUAUGAUGUCCAAUGUUGCGUUAGCGUUCCUGGAACCAACCAUUUCGCUUUGGAUGGAGGAUAAUCUUACCAAAGACAACUGGAAGAUUGGUAUGAUUUGGUUGCCAGCUUUCUUCCCUCACGUGCUUGGUGUCAUCAUUACCGUAAAGAUGGCAAGAAAGUACCCUCAGCAGCAGUGGCUGAUGGCCGCCGGAGGAUUAGCGCUGGAAGGUCUGUGUUGUUUCAUAAUACCUUUUGCGAAUUCAUACAAAAUGUUGAUGAUCCCCAUCUGUGGUAUUUGCUUUGGAAUCGCCCUCAUCGACACAGCCUUACUACCAACACUCGGGUACUUGGUGGACGUGAGAUAUUCAUCUGUGUACGGGAGCAUCUAUGCGAUCGCCGACAUAUCCUACUCGUUCGCAUACGCCGUUGGACCAAUCAUCGCUGGAGAAGUAGUCGAGGCUAUAGGAUUCACAGCUCUGAACUUGUUCAUCGCCUUCAGCAAUUUAUUAUACGCGCCAGUGCUCAUGUAUCUCCGGCAUAUCUACGACUUCAAACCAUUUGAGAAUGAAGCUAAUAUCCUCAUGGCUGACCCGCCAGAUAAGGAAUACCAAACAUAUAGCCUGCAAGACCAGAGGCCUGUGAACGGCGAGUACAAGAAUCAUCUAGAGUACUCGAACGUGUCCGGUCAGGUGGCCGGCACUGAGGAGUCUAAUAUUGAUGCGGGAGCUGGUGGAUACAAUUAUGACCAGUCGUAUCAAGGUGGGUAUCAGAAUUACAGCCAGGGGUACGAGCAGCAGCAGCAGCCGCAGCAGGGCUACCAGCAAGAGUACCAGGAGCAGUACAGUCAGCAGAGGCAGUUGCCGGCACAGCCGCAGCCCACAGCCAGCAACCCCUUCAGGGCGGGAGGUGCGCCCGCGCCCGCCCCCGCCCCGGCCCCCGCGCCUCAGCCGACCAUAAAGAACCCCUUCAGGCAAGGCUUCUAAUUCGCUCCAAAAUCAGUGUUGUUGUCGAUAUUUUUGAAUUUACUUGUUGUGUAAUUAUAAAUGUCCUAUUUGGGUAGACGCCAACUGUUAAAUAGAUUUGCUUGCGUUGUGCACUUACGACCAAUGUUACAAAUUCAAUACCUAGGAACGAAUAGCACGAUUUUUAAAGGUUAAUCAUUAUAAUAUUUUCUUAAAAGGUUACAUGAAUGUAACCUUCAAAGUGAAGUGUAGCAUCGCGAGCAAAUGUAAUGUGACAGUUGGCACUAGAACUUCGAUCACUGAGCCGUAAUAUAUCGGCGAGUUAUUUAAUGUCAGAUAGAUGUCUAUUACCUAGCUGUGCUUGUAAUGUAGACUAUUUAUCGGGUGAACUAACAAUGGUUGUUUUGGAUGGUAACGAGUAACGUUUGAGAAUUGAAUGUUGAUAAAGAUGGAAGAAUACGAAAAGAGACAGGCAGGUACGUUCUAGAAAGAAGUGCGUAGCAAAAUAUAAAGUGGUAGUUUUGAGUAAAGUACGAUAACUAAACAACGAAAAGUUGAGGGUAAAAAAUCGAUUGCUAUUACGGAAAUUUUAUAACUUUUAUAUGACACCAGGGUAACAUGGCUUGAGCUUGUUUAAAUGACUUGAAUUCAAGGUUUCGCAUUUGUAACCUAUGUAAACAUUAUUGAAAUUUUAAAAUCAAAUUGACUCAAGUCAAAAUAAAUUGCCAUGUGUGCUAUGUAAACAUUAUUGAAAUUUUAAUAUCAAAUUGACUCAAGUCAAAAUAAAUUGCCAUGUGUGCAAUACAGAUCCCUUGAAUAUUAUGAAUGAAUUAAAGUUUUAAGUAAAAACUACUUUGGUAAAUAACAAUACUACUGAAGUUGAGAACAAAAUUUUGUAUCAUAAAGUGCGUGUUAAAGUGGGAUAUAGAGGUAUCUGUAAAAUGCCAUCUGGCUCGGAAGGUUACAAGUUCGAUAGCGACAUAAUUCAAGGGCAUGUCAGUUGUCACCCAAAAUGGCCAUUGUUGUCACCCGUUGUUUUCUUGUUGAUAUUGUUCUGAUAUAAAUACAACUGUUAUGCCUUCUAAUAGUAUAUAGAAUUAUAUCUGAUGUGAGAAUAUAUAAACUAUAUUAUAAUCAGUAAGGAAAUAAAAGAGUGUGGAAACAUAGCAAAACGCUGAUAAAUAUGUACUAUAUGUAC